UCUCUUUCUUUGGGGGAGACAAAGACAGUGCAUCGAAGGAAAGGAAGGAAGGGAAAGAGAGAAUGGAACGUUGCUUGCGUCCUUCAUCUUGCGGGCACCCCAUUUCCUUUCCCUGCAAGAAGCCUCUCUUUCUUGCGCGUUCGACCUUCCUCGCAUGUUGAUCAAAACCAUUCCUAUAUCGGUUUAGCUUUUCGCAAGCUGCUUCUCUCUCGCUCUCUCUCGCUGACUCUCUCUCCCGUACAUUCAUUGGAGUACAGAGCAUGGGAAUAUGAGGAUGAAAUAGUUUAAGCAAAAUGAAGAUGGGUCGCCAUUCCAGAAUUCAGAUGUGUGAGGGAACUCAUUAAGGUUUUAUCUAUUUCAAGUUGGUUUAGAAGGUUCUGCUUGAAUCUAGAAGAUCUGUUUGUGGGAAACAGCUUUUUAGGGAUGGGGGACCAUUUCGUGUUGCUCGUGAAUCGGUUAACUACUGACGCUACCUUAGAAGCUGCUAUUGAGAGUGAGGACAGGAUUCGGCAGGUGUUGAUGUCUCCAAAUAAAGAAUCUACAGCUGAUACGAACAUGACAAUCCUCUCCACUCCGAGGGAGUUGGUGCAGUGUAGGAUUUGCCAUGAUGAGGAUGAAAACUCAAAUAUGGAAACACCGUGUGCGUGCUGCGGUAGGUUAAAGUAUGCUCACCGCAACUGUGUCCAGAGAUGGUGCAGCGCGAAGGGUGACACCACCUGUGAGAUUUGCCGCCAGCAAUUCACACCUAACUAUACAGCACCACCUCCUCUAUUCCCGCAUCGAAGUCUUCCGUUGAGCUUCAGGGAUACUUGGGGAAUUACCAGAAGGGAUCUGCUCGACCCACGAUCCAUAGCAAUGGUUUCUUCUGAUAAUGAUUUUUCAGAUACUGACUUUGAGGAUUACUCAACUACAUCUCCUGGGGGGUUGAUGUGCUUCCGCAUAGUUACCAUAAUUUUUAUGGUUCUUCUAGUCCUGAAGCACACUUUACCAAUUGUGCUUAUUGGAGCCGGAGAUUACUCGCUGACAUUGUUCACGUUACUUGUGUUCAUUAUGGUCAAAGCAUUUUCUGCCAUCCAGCGGCGCCAUCAACAGGUUCCUCACUUGUUGCUGGAGACGACUGAUCAAGAAAACGAGUUGCCACUGAUGCAGCCUCUCCCAAGAUUCAUCCACGUCCAAUGAUAACAGCGGCUACCUCUCUCGGUUGAAAUGAGGAGAAGAAACUGCUGGUAAUAGCGCGGCUGUCGAAUAUUACCGUUGAGAUUCUGAAGAUACCCUGUCACGGCCGCAGAAUCCUUGGAUUCAAGAGUGAGAGCAGCGGAGGUUCGGAUAAAAACAUACUGGGGAAAUCAUCUCCAUUACAGAAGAAUGUAAAUAUUAUGUCCCUCUCCCUGCUGUCUACUCUACUGUUGAAUGUGCUAAUGAACUCAACGCUGACAUUAAGCAGGAAACUCAAUCAAGAACACUAAAUUUGCAAA